GGGCUAAACUUUUUCUCGAAAUGGGCUUUACCUUAAAGAGGCGAAAAAUGAGUCCACUAGAACCUUGCGCUUCAAUCCAAUAGUAAUUUUGAGGGACCAGCUUCCCUUUCCCUCUGAAUUUCAACAAGAUUCCGAAUUCCAAUUUUGUUUUUGUCCGAUUAAUCAAAAUUCUAUCAUCGGAAACAAUACUUCGGCGAAAAACUUGUACAAAAAAUUCGACUAUUGCACUGGCAAAAGUAACUUCUUCAGUUACCUUUGUUAACCAAAUGCCUCGGUAUUACUGUGAUUAUUGUGACACCUACUUGACACAUGAUUCACCUUCUGUCAGAAAACAGCAUAAUGCCGGUUACAAACACAAGGCUAAUGUACGGACUUAUUACCUGAAGUUUGAGGAGGAGCAAACACAGAUUCUGAUAGAUCAGAAAAUUAAGGAGCGCCUUGGGCAGGCAGUAGCCUACCAGCAAAUAGGUGCAGCUUAUAAUCAACAUCUUGCUUCCUUCCCUGGUCAACAACCGCGCUUACCUAUGAUGGCACCUCCUAUGCUGCCUGUUGCAGGAACUAUGCCCCCACAAUUAAUGGCAGGUGUCAGGCCUCCCAUUUUGCCAAUUCCAGUUCCUGGUACUCCAGGUUAUUCAGCGGGUCCUCCAACUGCAACAAUUGCAGGGCAGAUGCCACCUGUUUCAUCCUUGCCAAUGCAACCCAAUGCUCUUCCAGCUCCUCCUGCAUUGAACCCCUUUGCAGGUGUUCCAGGUGGAGCCCCUCCACCUACUCUAAGCAGCGUCCCUGUCCCUGCCACACAAUCAAUGUACGAGCCAAAUCCCAAUGGAAUUGCUGCCUCCUCUGCUAAUGCUACAGCGCCAAGUUAAGUUUGUGCCAAGCCAGUGAUAUUUUGACUAUCUUCUGUGUUCUCGGUGGGAUGAUUAUGGUUUUGGAUGAAAUGGCAAAGCAACAAUGGCUUCUUAAUGAGUACCAAUACUGAACGUCAUCAAGUUCUCCUGACUGUUGUAGAGGAGAGAACUUUUUUUUUUUUUUGUAGUUAUUCUAGGGAGACUAUCAAGUACUUGGUCUGAUCCCAAGUAUUUACCAGUUCUUAUGUACUGUUCCUCAUUCUUGUUGAAGGAAUCAUGGACUUCUGGUUGGUAUUGUUCCACCAAUUCCUCUUAACUACUAGACUGAGCGUUUGAAAUUGAGCCUUGAAACUAUUCCAUCGUUUUAUUGUUCAUGUUAAAACUAUUCCAUCGUUU